AUGAAUAGAUCCGCCACUUACCACCACCUUCGUAACCUCCCUCAGCCACCACAGGUACCCUCUAGACACAAUGAUCAUGGUUUUUCCCAAAAUUUCUUCCAAAUCUAUAAUAUAGUAAAGAUAUUCAGGGAGGACAAGAUUUUGUCAAAGCUUCCUGUUGCUAUUAUUCAGUCUUGGUAUCAGCGACAAGGUUAUGUCAAGUCUAUGGCUGAUUUAAUUCAGAAGGAAUUGCAAACCUUUUGGUCUCCUGAUGAGGCAUCAUCACUAGAAGGUCAAGAGGCAAGUGUUGUCACCGAGUAUGUUAUCAAGAUUUUAGGUCUUGAAGUGUGUGCAGACACUGUAGUAGGAGAUGAAAUGUUUAGGGAUGGACAAGUUGUGUAUCAAGGUAACAUCAAAGAAAGAUCAACAGCAAUACUGGAUAACAAAAAAUAA